AUGGAGACGUUCAGGGAUUUCAAGAAAAAUAUUGAGGAGAACUUCUAUAGAGGAGGACAAGUGACCUGCAUGUUCAUUACUAAUGAGCUCUCAACCAAGGAACAAGACUUUUUCCAAGUGAAGUUGAAAGAACUAGAAGUCCACCAUGAGAAACCAGAUACAUUUUAUGCUUUUAUGAUCAUGACCAACAACUUCAGUGAAAAGUACAUAAAGGAUCUAGUAUGCAACAAAGUCGAAGACCUUGAUGUCUCCACACAUACAGGUCAACUCAUUUCAUUCCUGGCACUACUGAACUCGUAUGUCGAUGGCUCUUUCAUGUCACUGUCACUGUGUGAAGAAUUUGUUGGGAUUAGAAAUGGUCUUUGGGGACAAGAAACAUUGAGGGACAAAAUGGAUCCUUACUUUACAUUAUUAAUUUGCUUCAAUGUUGAGGAAUUUGGUACAUACCAAGCAGUUCGAUUUCUACACCAGAUGAUCGCCAAACACUGUCUUCAGGUUCUCACUGGAAAGCACCAUCUAAAAUUGAGUGAAAUUGCAAUAAACCUUUUGCACUGUGACCUUCUUUAUAAAUCGGGCAUGGGUAAAGACAUACUGGUGCAAAACAUCCUAAGUAUGCUAAUCACUCGGCAAAGGAAAGCACUUGGAGAUGAUAAAGACACAUUGUUUUCUCCUUUGGUGGAAAAAAUGCCACUGGCUGAGGGAAAGUUAGUAUUAAUACAAGCCAUAAAGAGAUUUGACUAAAAUGCAACUGUGCCUCAAGCUCUGGCAAGACAUUUCUACCUCAAAGAAAAUAAUUUUUCAUCAGCACUGCAGUGGGCCUUGGAUGCCCAACAGAAGAACAACAAUUCCCACAUUGCAGACACUAUUGGUCAAGUGUACAAGUGUCGUUUAAAGCAUGAAAUUGAAUGCAAUAGAGAUAUCAGCCCAGACUGCCUGGACUUGUAUUUGGAGUUAGCAUUGAAGGCCACACAAUCUUUCAAAGAUUCACAAGAGAAAUGAAGAGAAGAGAUUGUGAAGAGAAAUGAACCCAUGGAUUG